AUGCUCAUAUAUCUUGGUCGCAUAGCGUUCCCGACAGAAGUGUACGACCAUGCAGCCAUAGCGGGGCCGGAUAACCAGCUCUACGUGACGGGCGGAGCGGUGACACAGCCGGCCGGCAUCUUCGACAGCGGCCCGGCCAAGUCCGCCAGCAAGAGGUGGGUCUACAGCUGCCCGGGUCCCGGGGAGCCCUGGGAACGAGAGGCCAACAUGAACGCACCCCGGGCACGACACGUCAUGCAAGUGCUAGGAGACGGUAUGUACGUGUUCGGCGGCGCGUCCAAGGGCAACGGGGACGUCGAACGCUUCGACGUGACGUCACGACAAUGGAGCGUGGUAACCAAGCAACGGGUUCUGGCGGGACUCGCGCCACACGGAGCCGUGGCGAUGGACUACCGGAUCUACGUGGCGCUGAAGGGAGAGAACGACAGUAAAGGGGUUGUGUACGAGUUUGAUCCUGAGACCGAGCGGUGGGACACGCACUGUAGACUGCCGUGGGACGUGCGGGGGGUGGGGCUAUGUGUGCUGGACGUGCCGCAGUGGCUGCUGAAGAGGAGGAUCACGAUAACGUAGCGCUGAUCUGUACAUAUCACGAUAGCUACAAGAAAAGUUAGUUGUUCUGGUUAUGUAACGUAACAGUUACGUGUACUAUGCACAAAAGCCGAAAAUGACAGUUUUGGCGCCAUGGUCUGUUCAAUGCAGUGGACGUGUCACAGUGGCUACUGAAAAGAACAAUCAUUAUCACGUAGCGAUACCCAUGGUAUAAAAUUUGUAUUCAUAGUAAGGUUUUAAGACCCAAUUUUCUACCAGAUCUCCUCAGUGCCACUGACUAAAGGUAGAUGUUACCUGAAACGUUUGACCGUUUCCAAUGUCAUACCCAGUUGCUUGAGUAACUGAUA